AUGAUCGACGUAUCAGAUCCACGGAAGUCGCCGGAGGAUUUUACAGUGCCACCUGAAUGGGUAUCUUUUCCGACGAACCUAGCGUAUCGGCGAUACGAGACCAACUGGAUCCAGAGAGCAAUUGAAAACACCGAUUCAGGGUUUUCGGAUGCUUAUCGUUUGGGCUCUGCGAUUAUGGGGUGUGAUGUCAUUCUUUUCCGAGACUGUAACGAGCUCGAACCUGCUUGGUUGAAGCUUCUCGAAGAGCUUUACCAGAAGCCUGUAAUUCCAGUAGGAUUAAUACCUCCGUCGGUGACACUGAGUCAAAAUGAUGUCACUGAGUUGGCUCUGAGGUUGGAGCUGUCUGGGUUACCUUUCAUCUGGGCUUUAAGAAAGCCCCCGGGUUCGACCGAGUCUGACUCGGUUGAGUUGCCACAUGGGUUCUUGGAGCGAAUCAAAGGGCGUGGCCUUGUUUGGACGAGUUGGGUGCCUCAACUCAGGAUAUUGUCUCAUGACUCAAUUGGCGGGUUCUUGACUCACUUUGGGUUGAAUGCUCUGGUUCUUGUGGAGAAGAAGGUGGGGAUACAAAUACAGAGAUAUGAAGAAGAUGGGUCGUUUACGAGGAACUCGGUGGCUGAGUCUCUGAGGUUGGUAAUGGCGAAGAACGAAGGAAGGAUAUACAGGGAGAAAGCUAAGGAACUGAGUGAAUUAUUAUUCACAGACAAGAAUGGAGAAGACCGAUAUCUGAAUCAGUUUGCUGAGUCUCUUGAAAGCCAUGGACGUCUUCACAAGAGCUGA